CGUCUGUUCACUACGGUUGGACACUUUGGCGCAACAAACGUGUUGUCAACGUUUAUAACGUUUAAUCGUGAAAUAAAGUGAAUUUUCUACCAAGAAUUAUUCAAAAUGUCGUACAAAGGACCACCUAAAGUACAGAAGGUGAUGGUGCAGCCCAUAAACCUUAUAUUUCGGUACCUUCAGAAUAGAUCGAGGGUGCAAGUUUGGCUCUUUGAGAACAUUAACCUAAGAAUUGAGGGUCACAUUGUCGGUUUUGACGAGUAUAUGAAUCUGGUCCUCGACGACGCUGAGGAGUAUCACGUCAAAACGAAAAACAGAAAACAACUGGGAAGGAUCAUGCUCAAAGGAGACAAUAUCACGCUCAUCCAGAACACGAAUCCAGGGGCAAAUUAACCUAAGAAGCAACAGUCUGUGGAGGAAAGAGAACAAGAAAACAUGAUGUAAAGAUUAACGAAGAGUACUUUUAACAACAAAUGUGACUAUCAAGAAUUAAAAAACCGGAUCACAGCGGACGAUAGCAACAAAAGCAUGGACCUACAGUCUGGUUUAGAAUUUGUGAUCGCUUAGGAAGCGUUUGAGCAUCGAGUUUUCUUUAUAAAUGUGAACACAAACGGCAAGAUGUAUCGCAAUGUGUGAAUGAUAAUGGAACUAUGAACACUUUUAUAUUCCAGUAGAUGGAUAACUGUACUUGUAACAUUAGAAUUCAUAAGAUAUGACGUUUGGUUUGUGAUUCACGUUGCUGCAACUAUAUUUUCUCGUUGCAAAUAUUAAAAAACAGUACAAACUCUA